GUCGAGUCGUUAAACCCUAUAGAACGUCUACUAUUGUACCUUAAACUUCCCUCGCGGGCCCAGGGACCAGAAAUAGACCCCCUUAGACAACCUCUUAACCCUUUAGGAUCAAGGUCAGAAAUAACUAUAACAAUUAACUGGAUACGAACUCAUCUAGAAGAGGACCCCCAGGUAUCACUGCCCAAGCACGAAGUUUACGACGAAUACCUAGGAUAUUGUGGGUGCAACUCAAUAAAACCUCUCUCAACUGCAGAUUUCGGGAAAGUGAUGAAGCAAGUUUAUCCUCAGGUACGACCACGUCGCCUGGGCACAAGGGGGAACUCUAGAUAUUGUUAUGCUGGGCUCAGAAAACGAAUAAAGCUUGAUGUGCCUGGUACCCCUGAUAUAUCUAGCGAGGGAAGGAGUGGGGAGGGGAGGGAUGUAGACGAAGAGAUUUCGUCAGCUGCCUCUUUUCUUAUCAGAGAAUGGGUUGAGAAGUUACUAAAAGUGAAAGUUGAGAAUAUGACCGAACUCGCCUUACACCUCCUGGACAAGAUGUAUGUAGACAACAGAUCAACUGCUGCCUGUACUCUGCUGUCAAGUGUACUACGACCAGUUGGACAACAACAACCUCAGAUUCAACAGCUGCAGCAGCAGACACUUCAGCCACAGCAGCAUCAACAACAGCAGCAGUUGCAACAGCAGGACAGCAAGCUAAUUCUAACAACACUUAAUCCACAGAAUAAUCUCAGGUUUCUUUUAAAACACAGAAAAGAAUGA